AGGAAUUAUGACGCAUCUCAUAAAUAUCAUUCGAACUAAUCUAAUCAACGAAUUCCAUCAGUAAAAAUUAGUAUAAAUAUAGUGAAAAUUUAAAUAUAAGAAAUUAAUAAUUUGUGUACAAUGGCAGGCAGGAGCGAUUAUAUGGAACCCAACGAAUACUUUAUGGAAGUUGCUAAGUUAGCAGCCAAAAGAAGUAAAGAUCCAAAAACGCAAGUAGGUGCUUGCAUCGUAAAUAGGGAUAAAGUUGUGGUUAGUAUUGGUCAUAACCACAUGCCCAAAGAUUCUGAUGGAUUUUUCUGGGCGGGGAAAGAGGAAAAUCCCUAUAACAAUAAACUCAUGUAUGUUGUCCAUGCUGAGAUGUCUGCUAUCCUAAAAAGAACUAUUGCCGAUAUUAGUGGUUGUACCAUGUAUGUCACUUUCUUUCCCUGUAAUGAAUGCUCUAAAGCUAUAGCAGAAACAGGAAUAAAAGAAGUAGUUUAUUAUGAUGAUAAUCCCGGAGAAUAUAUACAAUGCUCACAGAUAAUAUUUGACAGAGUUGGUAUUCAAUAUAGGAGAUGACGCAGAUAUCGGGCACCACGUACUCGUACAGCAUCUCCCAGUGGCGGAUCCAGCAGUAUUCAGUAUCGUCAAGAGGGGGACCGAUUGGAAUAAAUGAAUGUUUUUAUAAUAUUUAUACAGCCGAACCCGCUUAUUAGAAUACCUGUUAAAGGAAUAUUCCGCUUUAAGGAAUGCAAACUUGAGGUCCCGGAACGUUUCUAUUGGCCACCAAAGAUCGGUUAUUAGAAUACCCCGGUUAUAGAAAUACUUUUUUUUUGCACGAAGGCUAUUCCAAUAAGCGGGUUUAACUGUAUAUAACUUGGUAACAGAGGGGGCCGAUCGCCCCCAUCGCCCUCCCCUGGAUUUGCCACUGGCAUCUCCGAAGUAAUAUUUAUGUGCAGCGACUUCAAAAACCUCGGAAUAACAAGUUUUAAACGAUUUUCAUAAUGAAUUUCCAUAAAACUUAAGGAGACGACGUGCAUACCAGGAUACCUGACACUAGGUACCAUUCAUACAGCUUCGUCAACCCGAUAUUCCUCUUCAGCGAGCUCAGCGAACCCCGAGUACUAAAAUAAAAUCACUUCGAUUUCAAGUUGAGAGAUUUUAUUUUUUGAACACUGUGAUAUACCUACUUUGGAAAAUGCAUUUUUCGCCUACAACAAUGCAGUUUUCAUUUGUACCUUAUGCCAAGUAGUCAAGAAUUUUUUCGAAUCUCUCACGAAUCGAAUGCAAAAGGUUUCAUAACAAUCCGUCUUACUUUGAAAUGUUAGAGGUGUAAUGAUUAUUUCCUCGGCUACCAACUAUUAAUGGAAAAAUUUUUUCCACCUACCUCUACUGAAAGUAUACGUUUCCCUACCUGAUUGUAGGGAGCAAAGUUGUACUUUUCCUCCCUAGGGAGGAAAAUAUUUUUCCUCCCUAGGGAGGAAAAGUAAAAGUGACGUCAUGGUAUUUCAUUCAUGAAAUAUAACCUAUUGACGCCCUGUAAAAUAUAUAUUUUCUAUUACGUAAGUAUCUAUACAUUUUAACGUUUAUUUAAAAACACUCUGUAUUUUGCAGAAUGGUAAAAAACAGUAAAUUGUUAUUCUGAUUUAACAAUGUUUACAUUAAUAAUUUGACUUAUAUUUGACAGUUGACAGUUAUAUUGUACCUACUUGUUAAUUUUAGUUCUAAUAAAUUUUGUUGGUUAGUUACAUAAAUAAAUUAAGUAAAAAUGAAAAAAGGACUUGUUUUUUGAGGAAGGUGGAAAAACCAUAUGUAUAACAUGGGAGUAAAGUGCCUUUUCCUCCCUUGAAUGAUUACUGCCCUCCGCUACGCGUCGGGCAGUAAACUUCAUUCUCGGGAGGAAAAGUAGCACUUUCCUCCCUUGUUAUACAAAUAGCUAUUACGUUUCCUGAAAAAUUUACGUAUGGUGACAUGUGUUGUUUUCGAAAUGACCGAUUCAAUUAGAUUAUGUAGAUAUAUUAUACAGUAAGGACUAAAAUUAUGACUUUUUGUCAUAUAUAUCAUGCAAGUGACGUCAUCCAUCUAGACGUGAUGACUAUGACAUAAUCGAUGAUUUUUUUAAAUGAGAGUAGGGGUCGUAUGAUGGCUCAUUUGAAAGGUUAUUUAGUUCUCUAUUCAGUAAUAUAAACGUUAACAUAAAUAUUUAUACAGGGUGUCCAAAAUUUUUGUUUUGGAAUUAAAUUAAUUGAGACAAAAAGAAGAAUUUAUGUAAUCAAUUUAUUUCAAAAUACAUUUCAGUGCUCUCAGAAAACAGAAAGAAAUGUUUAUUUGACAAAUAAACAUUGUUUUUCGCUUAAAUUCAAUGUUAAAACUGCCACCCACCUGUCACUUAGCACUUUGAACAUUGAAUUUAAGCGAAAAGCAAUGUAUAUUUGUGAAAUAAACAUACUUACCUGCUUUCCUAACAGGUAACACAUUUUUUUAACUGUAAAAUGUGUUUUGAAUUAAAUAAAUUGCUUACAUUCUUCUUUUUCUGUAAAUGAAUUUAAUAAAAAAAAUGUUUUUGUAAACCCUGUAGAAACAAUUAUUAUUAGGUUACCGUUUAUAUUAGUGAAUAAAAAAUUAAAUAACCUUUCCAAUGAGCUAUCACACAACCCCUACUCUCAUUUAAAAAAUCAUCGAUUAUAUCAUCACGCCCAGAUGGAUGACGUCACUAGUAUGAUAUAUUUGACAAAAAGUCGUAAUUUAAAAAUAGAAAUCGACCUGUCUCAGGAUUUCUAUCUAAAUUCGCCCAUUCUAGAGAUAAUGAAUUUAAUCCAACUCAAACGUCCUCACUGUAUAUAUGGUCCAGUGCGUAAAUAAAUUAAAAAUAGAUAAUAUAAAUUAAGUGUUUGCAAUUAAAAUAAAGUUAAAACAAAUAAGUAAAAAUCAGAACACUUGCAAAAUCCGACUUAGUACACUUUUAUGGCGCCUAAAAUAAUUAGCUUUCUCCUAUCUGGCGAGAGUGAGAAUAAAUAAUUUUUCCACCUACCUCUACCGAAAGUAUACUUUUCCGGACCUGAUUGUAGGGAGCACAGUUGUACUUUUCCUCCCUAGGGAGGAAAAUAUUUUUUCUACGAGCGUGCAAAAAUGUCUACUUUCGCGCACGCAUUUUAGUUCAGAAAGUUUUACUUUUCCGCACGCGGUUUUUACUUUUCCGCACGCGUGUUAAUUUAGAUAUGUUAAUAUGGCCUUAAAGUAAUUAUAAUACAUGCAAUAAACUAAUAUUUAGAUAUU